AUGACCAGUCAUUCGAGAAGCCGCAGCGGUUCGAGAUCAUCUGGACGUUCACGUCAUAGACAUGGGACCCACUCGCGAGACGGUUCUCACCCUAGAAGCCGUUCAAGAAGACGAUCGUCUAGCACAUCGAAGAGUCGCCGCAGUCAUGAUCGGCGUAAUACUGAAAAAAGUAUGGAUGCAAGUCCUAAUAGCCGCUCAAAUAGCCACUCACCGUCGCCAUCAAAUGGUAGAGGAGAUGAAAGCUCUCCGACACGUCGAGACAGAGGUCGCUCGGUGUCAAGAAGUCGCAGUGAAAGUGACCACGAAACGAGGAGCCGAAGCCGCUCGCGCUCUCCUGAUUUCGAAAGAAGCGAAGUAUUGCGUGAUUCUUGGGCUGCAUUGAAACGACAGCCCGACAACUUCGAUGCUUGGAUCAUGAUUCUUACUCAGGCGGAUCAGUCUAAUGAUCUGAAGCUAGCACGAGAUAUUUAUGACCGAUUCUUGAAGAAGUAUCCCUAUUGUUAUGGCUUCUGGAAGAAGUACGCUGAAAUGGAACGCCGCCAUCAAAAUUUUUCUGAUGCUCUCAGCGUAUGGGAACGUGGAAUACUUGCUAUACCAUUAUCUAUCGAUUUGUGGCUUGGGUUCCUUUCCUUCAUGAGAGAGUUAGCCCCACAGUCAGAUAGAGGGAUAGAGAAGUUAAGAGAGUUGUACGAUAGAGCUGUUUCGACUGCCGGUCAUGAAUUUCAUAGCGAUCGUCUUUGGCAAGAUUAUAUCGCUUGGGAAGAAGCACAAGGAGAAUGGCGUCGUGUAGCUGAAAUUUAUGAUCGUCUAAUACGCAUCCCUACUGCUUUGUAUAAAAGUCAUAUGGAAAGAUUUGAAGCAAUUGUGAAUAUGUGCAACCCCAUCGACUUGGUAUCGGAUGAAGAACUUCGUGAAGUGUUCGAUGUGGUCCGGCGCAAAUGCGAUGUGGGGAUCGAUCAGGUAAUCAUUGAGGAACCCGUCGAGCCGAGUGCAAGUGCAGGCGAUGCUAUAGAUUCAAACGGUACACAAGCCAAAACACGUAAGAAAAUUCAUCCAGAAGCUGUUCCGCAUUUUCGAACUGAGAUCUUGGCUCAGCGUUAUCGUUGGCACAAAGAAACAGAGGCAAUGAUUAUUGCUCGAAUGCCAUUUGAGGACCAGAUAAAAAGACCUUAUUUCCACGUGAAGCCUCUUGAAUGUGAGCAGCUGAAAAAUUGGCGUUUAUACCUCGAUUUCGAGAUAGUCGAAGGAGAUGAGCGGAGGAUCACCGUCCUAUUUGAGCGAUGUCUUAUCGCAUGUGCUCUGUAUGACCAGUUUUGGACCAAGUAUGCUCGAUGGACGCAGAAACAGCGUGGUGCUGAUGCUGCCCGCGAAGUAUAUCGUCGCGCUCAACAGCACAUUCCUGGGAAUGUUCGCGUGGCCCUCGCCUUCUCAGCGUUCGAGGAGUCUCUUGGAAAUUAUACGGAAGCUUCAUCAAUUCUCUCUUCAUUCCGCAGAAAACAUCCUGGUUAUGCUGCUGUUGAACUUCGUCUCAUUGGAAUGAUGAGAAGACGAGCAGACGCUGAAAGAAACCAUGACUACUCGGGUGUAAUCAGCAAAUUCGAGCGGCUUAUUCACUCGUCUGACACUCCUCGUCAUCUCAGCAGUUAUUACUCUAUAAAACUUGCCAGAUUUCAUUUGAAAGCUCGUAAUGAUCGUCGUCUUGCCGAGAAAAUCAUACGAAGAGCUCUUGAACGUGAUAGGGACAACGUCCAGCUCUUGCUACAGCUGAUCGACAUCGCUUUUACAAAUCCGGAAUUCUCACAGUCUGCGGUGAUCGAGGCAUUCGACUUUGCAAUCAAAUCAAACAUUUCGGAUGCAGAGAAAAUCCAGUUCAGCCAGCGCAAACUGGAUUUCUUAGAGGAUUUAUCAUACGACAUCAAUGUAUUACAAGAGCAUCAGGACUUGCACAAUGCUUUGUUAGCUGAAAUAGAGAAUCCUCCAACUACGACGAGAAAGCGCCGAUAUAACAGCCGAGACGAUUUGAAAUAUCUCGGUGAUAGAGAUCGUGACUCACGCCGAUACUCGGAUCGUGGGCGAUACUCUGACCGUAGUUCGCGUGACUCCUACCGCGAUAGUCCACGCGGAAUGCGGGACAACACCGGUUACUGCGUUGCUCCAAAUACUUAUCAGCAGAUGCAACCGAUCUAUUAUCCAACUCAAGGCUACCAGUAAUACUUAUCUCCGGUCGACAUAGUUGUUAGAGAAUGAUUAUUAUGCUUUAUCGAUGUUCAAUGUGCGAAGCGUUACUUGCCCAUGAGGUAAACACAAACUGUAUCCUGGCAAAGCGGUAAAUGCGAAUCCAUGCU